AAAAAAAAAAAUUGGCAUUUUGGGUGACCUUUUAACCUCAUUCGUUCUUUUUCACAAAAUUCAGAAUGAAAAAUCCAGAGUUCUGAGGAACAGCAAACAAACCAAAUACCUGUCUUUGAAUUUCUCUCUCUAUUUUUCCUCCUUCCAUGGCCACUUCUCUAAUAUCCUCUCUCCCCACUAUAUCUCCUUCAGCAUCCCAGCUGGGUCCUUCGAUUGGGCUUCCAAGGUCAUCCUUCCUCCAUGGCACCAAGCUCUUGUCUGCGCCAUCUUCAUCUUCUUCUUCUUUGGCUCAGUCCAGUUGGGGCACAGCUCGAAGACGCUUCAGGUUACCUUAUGCGAAAUCCUUGGACCAUAUACCUAAGCAGUUCAGGCAAGAGAAUCUGAAAGAUGGAUUGAUGGAUAAUUACAAGAAUGUUCCUGAGUCUUUGUAUGGCCUUAGUCCUUCACAGAUGGACAUGUUCAUGACAGAAGAUAAUCCCAUCCGGCGUCAGUCAGAAAAAAUUACAGAGGAUAACAUCUCAUCCUCUUACAACUAUUUGAAUCAUGGAGGGAUGUAUACUCUAUCAGGCGUGAAUGAAAAUGGCCCUUCAAAAUAUAGUAUGAGUGUAAGCAUGUAUCGUGGAGGAGGAGCGAGAGGAUAUGGAAGACCCCGCACUGCUCCCCCUGAUCUGCCUUCCUUACUCUUAGAUGCUCGAAUAUGCUAUUUAGGCAUGCCAAUUGUACCUGCAGUGACUGAGCUUCUUGUUGCUCAGUUUAUGUGGUUGGAUUAUGAUAAUCCUUCUAAGCCUAUCUACUUAUACAUAAAUUCAUCUGGGACACAGAAUGAUAAGAUGGAGACUGUUGGAUCUGAAACUGAAGCUUAUGCUAUAGCUGACAUGAUAUCCUACGUCAAAUCAGAUGUGUAUACAGUGAAUUGCGGGAUGGCAUAUGGUCAAGCAGCAAUGCUUUUAGCACUUGGAGCAAAGGGUUUUCGUGCUGUACAGCCCAAUUCCUCCACAAAAUUAUAUCUGCCAAAGGUGAGCAGAUCGAGUGGAGCUGCUAUAGAUAUGUGGAUUAAGGCCAAAGAACUGGAUGCAAACACCGAGUAUUACAUUGAGCUAUUGGCAGAAGGCACUGGUAAACCCAAGGAAGAAAUUGCUAAAGAUAUCCAGCGAUCUAAAUAUUUCCAAGCACAAGACGCCAUAGACUAUGGUCUUGCAGACAAAAUAAUUGACUCACGUGAUUCUGCAUUUGAAAAACGGAAUUAUGAUGAGAUGCUUGCUCAAUCAAGAGCCAUGAGGAGAGCAGCAGGAGGCAAUCCACAAGCGGCUCCUUCUGGACUAAGGUGAUAACCGAGGCUGUUAUAGAAGAUAUAGGAAAGGAACUCAACAUCUAUUUUCGUCCAUAACUAGUGCCUAGUAACUGGUCGUACUCAAGGCUUGGAUUGAACUUCAGUUUGUAAUGCAGAUAUGAUAAAGUCUCAUUUCAUGAUCAUUUUAGCACUUCUUGACCACACUGAUUUUGGGACUAUCAAUGCUGUAAAUUUGGUUAGUUUUGGACAAAAUGUUGCUAAUACCAUACUCACAACCAAAGGAGAUUUACAUAGUAAUUGUCUUUUUGUUUUACUAGUUA